ACCUGUGGGAUAUAGGAACCAUCGGCCGGCGUGUCUCCCCAAACAUAAACAUGGCCUUUACGUUUGCAGCAUUUUCUUACAUUAUUGCUCUAAUAGUUGAUGCAUUUCUCAUAUUUUUCGCCAUAUUUCACAUUAUUGCCUUUGAUGAGUUGAAGACAGACUACAAAAAUCCAAUAGACCAGUGCAAUAGCCUUAAUCCUUUAGUCUUACCAGAAUAUGCCCUACAUCUACUCUUCAACACCUUGUUUCUCAUAGCUGGAGAAUGGUUUUCCCUGAUUUUAAACAUUCCUCUCAUCUUGUACCACAUCAACAGGUAUCGAACACGGCCAGUGAUGAGUGGACCAGGAUUAUAUGACCCAACAAGCAUAAUGAACCAUGAGGUCCUAAGCCAAUGUCAACGUGAGGGAUGGGUCAAAUUAGCAUUUUAUCUCCUUGCAUUUUUCUACUACCUCUAUGGGAUGAUUGUGUCUCUUAUCUCUGGAGCAGCAUAAACCAACUUGGAGUGUCACAAGUAAAGCCUUCACCAGCCUGCCAUGGAUUAUUAUACUGUAAUGCUGUUAGGUUUAAAAGCUGUUCUUUUCUCCUUUUAAUGUUAGCUUUUCUAUAUGCCUUUAAGAUUCAAACAGUAUAGAGCUAUCUUUAUCUUGUAUAUACCUAAUAUGAAGUGGCUUAAUUUUUUGUGAGUAUAAGGCAACACUAAAUUUCUGUUAAAAAAAUUAUGGCUCUGGUUUCUCUUUGGAUUUUUGGCUUGGAAAUUAUAUACACUUGUCUUUUGUUUUGUAUGGGGGGAUGCAUUCUGAUAAGGUUUCUCAAAACCAAACCAGAUUUACAUAGUAAAAAGAGGAUUAAUUUCCAGGCCCACUUCCCAAUCCUAUGUCACAAAUACAUACAGUACAUAAAACUUGUGUGUAUUACAUAAAAUAAAACAGUGAACAGCUUCAAAACACAAUUAUGAAUGCUCACCAGUAUACAAUAACAGUAAAAUAUUCAUAUAUUAAUGUGUGAAAGAGCGAGAAUUGGCAGCCAUGGAUACCGCUGCUAACCCACUCCAAAUUGAUCAAAUUAGUUUUUAAAAAUUUGAAUUAUAAUGUAAAUACAGUUUUAAGUGUCUUGAAAGUGUAUCUUACUGAAGAAUAAUAAAAGGAUGUUUGGUUGGUACCAACAUAUGAGUUCAGUAAAUGCAAAUGUACAUCAGCCCAUGAGGAAACGAAGAAUUUGUGGCAAUGAUCACCAUUCCCUACCCACUCAUAAGUUGUUAAAUUAGUUUUUCACACCUUCGGUUUCAGUGGGGUAUAAUGCUGAGGAAUAAUGUCAGGAUUUAUCAGUAGUGUCACAAUGCAUUAUCAGUAAGAACAUAUGUAAGAAGGUAUGUGAGCUGUUGCUACCCAAUGAUUUGACGUGAUUUGUGUCAAUGUGUGUGACUUGGAUGUUCGAGUGACCCAAUAAGCCAUAGGCAAUAUUUCUAAUGAUAAAAAAGCAUGGAUUUUUUACCAUUUAAUAACUUUAAUCUAUCAAAGGAUCAUAAAAACAAUUACUGUACCUAUAUCAAGUAAAGUAAUUAAGAACACAAAAUAGCUUUAAGUUGAUUAAUUUUAUUAAUUUUUUUAUUUGUUUAUGAAUGUUUUAAUGGAUGCUCCAUAGAGUAAACAUGGGUGAAAACAUGAAUUUAAAGUAAAAAUAAUAAUGAAUGGGUCAAGAAUUAUAGUUUUCAGUCAAACAUAAAUAUGAGUACACAUUCAGUAUGUGGUGCAUGAUCAGUUAUACUCUAGGGAAAAUCUAAACUAAUUGAUAAAGUGUAUUGAGUAAGUUUGUAGGCAGACAGGCAAACUAGAAUUCUCAGGACCCUUCCAUAUGUCUCGACUAUACAGGUAUCCCCUGAUGUAUGUAUGUAUGUACUCGCAAGCCCGAUAAAUGAAAAUUAAUUUUAACGAAAGUCAAUUUGACACCUUUUUCUUCAUACAAAAGCAAGUAUUGGAAUCAACAAAUAGCAGUCAUAUGUUGACUUUUUUUUUAUGAAUGUCAAUAUAGUACUGUAGUUGCAUUUAUAAAAAAAAAUCACAUUUUAACACUUAUUAUCUUUAAGGGCAACUGCAGCCCCAGAAGUAAAGAAUAGCAAUAACAAGCUAGUUGCCAAGGCUGAAAGUUGCAAGUCUUUGCCGCAGUGCUCCAUGAUCCAUGCAAACUACAGAAGAGAGACCAGACUCAGUACACCUCAGUGUCCUAGUCAUGCCAUAGUUGAUUGGAUGUUUCUCUUUUGACUCUGUGGUUUGGUAACUAAGUGAUUUGAUAGUUUGUUUAUGAAUCCCUUGCAGUCCUAGGUACAGUAUUGGUAUUAUAUUGUACGUAUAUUUAUCAUGUUGCAAGAGCAUUUUCUGUUGCUUAAUGAUCCAUUUUUUGUUAACAGGAAGGCAAAUGGUUGGGUCUUUGCACCACCAAGCAAAGGAUCCUUUAUUGGUAUGUACUGUACAAUGUAAAAUGAAUUAUCAGGAAAGUUUUGUUUUGAGAGAAAAUGUCUGUUACCUGAUCUUAAAGCAAGUUGGAUCUGUAGUAUUUCCUAUCUUGGAGUUAUUCUUUGCUCAGUCAUUGGUCAUACUGUAUUUGAAUCCUUCAAAAGAUCUGAAAACAAAUUAAGUAUGGCCAAGUUUAAAAAAAAAAGGGCAUUUGGGUUGUUUCAAUCUUUCCCUUUGGCCUUAGCACAAACCCAGGAGAGUAUUUAGUUAUAUUUGUUCCAUCAGUGCUGCAGUUUGUCUUCAAACUAGAUUCAUUGUAUUUCAGUUAAGCAUUGCAUAGAUACAUUUGUGGGUAGACAGUUUGAAUCAUCAAUUUGAAUGUGAGUCAUAUGUUUAGUUAAGAGCCUCUGGGGGGCUUCUUUUCUUGAUGAAAACUACUAGUCAUUUAGCUUGGUUGUAUUUCGUUGGUGUAUGACCCUUGCGAUUAUAUUUUUGUGAGAUGCGAUGCCAAUCCUCUGGAUGAUGCUCCUGCACCCAUGUAUCCUGGAACCUAUGGUGCUGUUUAUGCUGGCUCCUGGAAUAAAGGGUGUAAGUUGUACUGAUGCUUGAAAUUAAAGCCUUUGUUCUAUUGGUACAAGUUGGCUUGAGCUUACAUGAAUCAUCUGGUUCACUGUGUCCUUUAUACCCUGUGAAAUGUCAGGGUGCUUGCAUAGAAAGUACAGAAGUGAAGACCCACUGCUCUUGGCUUAGACAACUGGCACUUUUUAGCCACCUAUUUUAGGAAAUGGAAUUUCAGAAUUAUUUCUUAAUUUUUAUGGUUUUGUCAACCUUACAUUUAGAUAAUCAUCGGAGUUAAUACAGUAAUCCCACAAUUUAUAUGGGCGUAACAUUCGUUGAAAAGUAUUGUGUAUAUUGAAUUCAUGUAAAUAAAAUUUGAAGUCAUGUGGAAAAUAAUGUGACAUGUUCUUGGA